CUCCACUAUUCACAGCUGUCACUGCCGUUUAUAUAACCUCAAACCUUAAAAUAUAUGAAAUUCCGGACCCCGGUUAAUUUGUAGAUUGUUCACUGAAAAUCACACGAUGUCCGAAUUUGAGAACCUUUCCGGCAACGACAAGGAGCUGCAGGAGUUCCUCAUGAUCGAGAAACAGAAGGCACAGGUCAACGCGCAGAUACACGAGUUCAACGAGAUCUGCUGGGAGAAGUGCAUCGGGAAGCCGAGCACCAAGCUGGACCACGCCACCGAGACGUGCCUGAGCAACUGCGUCGACCGCUUCAUCGACACCUCGCUGCUUAUCACCCAGCGAUUUGCUCAGAUGCUUCAAAAACGCGGCGGCGGCGACCUGUAGAGGUGUCCGGGAUCUGGGCAUCCGAAUCCGGGGGGCUUCCGCCACUACUGUCCUACUGUUAAAGCUAUUUUUAAACAAAAAAUUAUCAUGUAAGCUCUUUUUUUUCCGCGCUGCGUUUCGCCGCUGCCAUCUGAAGUAUGUGACCCAUAAUCAGCACCCCGCCCGAAAUCCGUAAUUCGAGUUCCGAAACAACCUUUAAUCCUGUACGACAACUCAAUCGUUUGGACGGCCUGACGCUAGCGUACCGAAAAUAAAUACAUCUUUCGUUUUGUAUGUUUAAAA